GCUCACACAGAGACUUUGUUGUUAAAGCUGGUUUUUCAACAGUGAAAUGAUGCUCAACGUUGAUGAAACUGGCAUCUAGGGAACUUUAACAGACAGUAUUACUGUUAAGUGAUGGAUUUCAGUUGGAAACGACAGAAAAAUCCUGCUUUGAAGACUCCAAUUCUUCCUGCCUGGAAGCUGUUUGGCUAAGUUAAACGUCGGCUCAGCUUCUGAACAAUAACUGAAGACAGAGUGCUGUCCUAGUCCUCUGUUGGCCUUCUGGAUAGUGCAGCUGGAUAGUUAAAGGUGCAGCUCCGAUAUGAUGAAGAGAAGCCCAUCUCUUCAGCUUGUCAAAAGGAUGCUGAACCAUCACUGCAGAAGGAACCCUGAGCUUCAUGAGGAGCUGCAGAUCCAGGCUGCAGUGGCAGCGGGGGAUGUCUGCACUGUCAGGAGAAUGCUGGAGCAAGGAUACUCACCUAAGAUCCGCGAUGCCAAUGGCUGGACUCUGCUCCACUUCUCUGCUGCCAAAGGAAAAGAGAGAUGUGUUCGAGUCUUUCUUGAGCAUGGAGCUGAUCCCACAGUAAAGGACUUUAUCGGUGGCUUCACAGCGCUUCACUAUGCUGCAAUGCAUGGCAGAGCACGCAUCGCCAGACUAAUGCUGGAAUCUGAGUUCCGCAGUGACAUUAUAAAUGCAAAAAGCAACGAUGGCUGGACACCAUUGCAUGUGGCCGCCCACUACGGUCGGGACUCGUUUGUACGCCUCCUCCUCGAGUUCAGGGCCGAGGUGGACCCGCUAAGUGACAAAGGGACCACACCACUACAGUUGGCCAUCAUCCGUGAGCGAUCCAGCUGUGUACGGAUCCUUCUGGACCACAGUGCCAACAUUGACAUUCAAAAUGGCUUCCUGUUGAGAUAUGCUGUCAUCAAAGGCAAUCACUCAUACUGCCGCAUGUUCCUGCAGAGGGGAGCAGACACUAAUCUCGGACGUCUAGAAGAUGGCCAGACUCCCUUGCACCUGUCUGCUCUCAGGGAUGAUGUGUUAUGUGCCCAGAUGCUCUACACAUACGGGGCCGAUACCAACAACAGGAACUACGAGGGCCAGACACCAGUAGCUGUAUCUGUUAGCAUGUCUAGGAUCAGCCGGCCCUGUCUGGACUUCCUACAGGAAGUCACCAGACAACCUCGGACUCUACAAGACUUGUGUCGAAUAAAAAUCCGUCAUUGCAUUGGCCUUCAAAGUUUGAAAUUGUUGGAGGAUCUACCAAUUGCAAAGGUUAUGAAAGACUAUUUAAAACAUAAGUUCGACAAUGUGUGAAGGAACAACAACGAAAGAUGAGCGGGUGAUUAAAAACACUCUGCUGUCAUUUAUACAAAAUAUGCAAUCACUAUGCUCGUCUGGAAGAAAUGUCCACAGGUCCAUUCUGUACACACUGAAGCAUAGAAAGUCCUGUCUGGUCAUUUAGUUCAUCUGAGAGUCUUCUGCUCCUCUUUUCCAUUUCAGCAUUUUCACAGUUAAAACAGUGGCUAAUGUUAGCAUAGCAUUUUAUUGUGGGGAAAAAACUAAUUUGACAGACAGCAUUGUUACUACAGCUAACAUUUUUUACCAAUUAUGUUGUCACUGUUUAAAUGUGCAUGGUGUUAUUCUCUCUGGGUCUGAUUGUCAAGUGCAUACUUGUGGAUGACUUUGUUUUUAUUAUUGAGCUAUAGGAAGCCAAACUCCAGUUGCUGUAUGACAAUUGACAAUCACGACUUUCUAACCUGCCGCUGUCGUGUCUGGGAAGCCGUCAUUGGAAAGUGUUUGAAAAAAUAGCAGACUCUUUCAGAAAAUAACUGUCAGCUAAUUGGAUGAGCCGUCACAGUCACACGUCUUCUGUGCUUAAACCAGUCAGAAGAAGAGCAGAAACCUUCAGUGCUCUUCUCUGCUUUUCUUUUAAUGUAGAAAUACUCUGUAGAGUUCUGGUAGAACUCAUGGAUGCAUUCUCACGAUUCUUCCAUGAUCUUGUGAUAUUGCCAAGGUUAUUAUAGUUAACGAAAACUAACGAAAUAACGAAAACUGGAAUUGAAAAAACAUUUUCGUUUACUGAAAUAAAAAUAAAAACAAGAGUUUUUAAAAAAAAAACGAAAACUUACUUAAACUGUAUUUUGUGGUUACAAAACUAACUAAAACUAACUAAAAUUAUAGUAAAAUUGUCCUUCGUUUUCGUCUUUGUCAACUUUUUUCAUACGUAAACAUUUUUUGUUGAUAUGAAAUCUAUUUCAUCUAUCUGGUUUUAUGACUUAAUAAACUUAUUGGGGCUGAGAUGGAUCAGACAAAGGAAAUAAAGGCAACAUUUAUUGUGACUUUUUUUAAUCUGGCACCCAACAAAUACCCCAUUACAAAAAACUAAAACUAACAACUAAACUAAAACAAGCAUUUUCCCAAAAAUAAAAACGAAUUAAAAUAAGCAAACUCACUCUUAAAACUAAUUAAAACUAACUGAAUUUGAAAACAAAAAUUGACAACAAAAUUAAAACUAAAACUAAUGAAAAAUCCAAAACUAUUAUAACCUUGGAUAUUGCAAGAAUCCAGAUGCCGUGCAAGGUAAAUUAUUUUCUUUCUGAUUCAAAAUCAGCAAAGAUCCCUGAUUCUGUUACAUCACUAAUUAGUGAGUAAAUCAUCACCAGUAUCUCCAGUUUGUUCAAUGAUUAUUAAGUAAAUAGCACUCUUGUCGUGUCUGUUGACAGGUAAUUCCAAGAGCUCAUUCUGCUUUGAAUAAAAAGCAGGAGAAUUACAAUUUGGAGCAAAAUAUGCAAAGAUCAGUCAGUCUUCCUGACUUAUUUCAGCAGCAUCAUACGUAAAGUUUUGUGCUGGCUAAAUUCCUUUCCCUUUGAACAUAUGCCAUUCCCUACUUUCCCCUUUGUUUUGUUUAAAGUGCAUAUGAUGCUGUGACUUUACUCGUAGACGACCAAAAUAAAAUCAUUCACUCUUUUUCACAUCUUCAUUGGCUGAAAAAAGUCGUUAAAGUGACACUGAUUUUGAGUCAAAAGAAAAUUGUCAUCACUCUAUUAAUUUGCAUUUAGCUCCCUUUAGCUCAGUAAAAAAUAUGAUAUGCAAAAAUAACUUGCACAGAUGCUUCAUCGUGAUAUAAGCAACAAUAUUAAGUGAAGUUGAUAUAAUUUUGGAAUGCAAGUUUAUUGGUUAAAAUGAAUUAUUGAUACUAGCAGAACAGUGAAAGUUCAGUGAUCAACUAUAAAUCAAUCCAUUUCUACACUAUUAUGUAGUACAUUUGAAAUGCACUGUGAUAGAAUUCUGUUUGAAAAGCACCACAUUUACUCACUAAAGCAGUUGAUGGCUCAUGAAUAAUAAGGUUGAGGUGGUUGGAUAAGACUGACACAAUCCUUAGAAGCUACAGUCUGUAAAUAUGUUACAUAUACAACAGAUAUUUUUGUAGAAUUUAUUUAAGCAAUGGUCUCUGGUAUUCUAAUUGUAUUUAAAGUUUGGAAAGUAUUGUGAUUUGUUUGGUGUGACUCAAGUACUUCUAUUUUUGUGUGUCUAAGUUCAAGUUCUCUGUUAUACAAGGAUAAAUUGGAAUCAACAUUUGAUUUUAAGGCAGAAAUAUUGGGUGCUUUCUUAAAAUUCAUCAUCUCUUGCAGGUAACUGUUAUGGGGAUUAUACUGUGAAUUUUUUUCAUUUUGACGAUUCUAAAUAAAAUGUUUUUGAAAUAUUCACAAGUCAAUAACAGUGUUCAUCUGCAUUAACAUGUCAAUGUCAGUUUCAUAUUUGAAAAAGCAUGUUUGUCUCCAUUUUUGGAUUAGGACAUUUUGUGGAAAGAAAGUGCACAUUUUGGAAAUGUAAACUGUGUGCUAUUUGCAGGUAAACUGUGAUUAAAAUUUAAAUUGCUUCAUACAAGAUUACAAACAGACAGUUAGUGGGAUACUAUAGCAAAAGGACUGUAGAGGUCAGGAGAGUUGCAUUUAUUGUUUUUGUUAUUAAAACAACUAAGACCACAACCACAA